AUGGAUUCGGGGUGCGUAGCGGAGGACUUCAAGUCCUGCAGCGGGAGCACGAGGUUCGCCAGAGAAAUGGUCGCUGCCGGCCCCUUUGCGGACUACCAUCACGCCGCCAGCGCCGCCCGUGACAUCUGGUUCAAUAAGGUCAGCGCCGCCGGCACAAUUCUCUCUCUCUCUCUCCCCCCCCCCCAUCUUGUAAUGGCUUGUCGUGCCGAAUCCGUUCCGCAGGUGGACGUCAAUGGCUGGCUCGAAUCCUUCGCCGCCCACCCGGAGAUCGGGGCGACAUCCAAGCCAAUUUCAAAGUUAAGUUCGUUUAGUGCAGCGACGACAGGCUUAGCUUCUAACUUCCAUUAGAUCAAUAAUUAAACGGUAAUUUCGUGAAAUAGAUGGAGCCAGGAAGAGCAGUCGGCUGCAUUGUCUGCUGCGACAGAUUCCACCUUCCAGGUAGGUCUCUCUCACCUCAUUCUCAGCGUGCAGUGCACAAUUACAGUUACCUGACCCGGAUGUGUUUUUGAUAUAGUCAUCCCUCCUAUUCUGCAGGAACUAAUUGAAUGGAAUGCUCGGUACAAGGAAAAGUUUGGAUUUAUUUUUCUCAUAUGUGCAUCUGGGAAAGGCAUGCAAGAAAUUCUUACUGAAUUGAAGGUUUGUUGAUCUGAUAUUUUAGUAACUUUCUCUGUCUAUCAUCGCCAUCCUGGGCUAUCCUUGAAUUGGGUUUUCUUCGAGAUUUAAGAGUUACGUGUUUUUCUUUCAUCCAUAUUUAUUAUGUAUUUUCAAGCAUGAAGGAAUCCUUCUCGUUAAAUGUAUUUUUCUAUUCAUCAUCUGUAAUUACUGGUAUAAUUGCCGUCCUAAAUCCCCAUCAACUCAGUUGUGGUUGCAGUCCAUUUGAUCUUUUCUAGUUCUUCUAGUUAGAUAGAUGCUUAACUCACUUUCAUAUUUUCCUGCUAAUUAUCCAAUUUGAUUUCUCUAUAGCAUUUUUAUGCCGUAAACUAUUGCAUUUUUCUUGGCUUAAAGUAAUUUAUUUUCUGGAAAAUUUAUCCCGUUCGCAGAUAUUAUCUUUGUGGCACAACAUCUGCCCUAACAUCUAGGUGAAUAGGGGUGUGCUGUUCACUUACAUUGAUACAAAGCGUAAAAUCAGUGGUAUGAAUGGGAAAUUCGAAGACGACGAUCAGGGGUUAUCUACAAACUUGCUUUCAAAUAAUAUCCGUGAUUUUAUAUUGUAAACCGAUUAUUUUCUUCUUCUUUUUCGCUUCUUGAUCCUAUUGCUUAUGUAGUUAUAUAUCUGGAACCUUGCUUGUGUUCUGUCCUGUUCUUCAUCAUCUUUAUUCUCUCUAAGCUCGACAUCUCAUCUGGUAUCCUGCUUGAAGGUCUGACUGUUUCAUUUUGCUGUAGAAACGAUAUCCAAACAGGCCCAUAGUUGAGCUUGAGAAUGCAGCGCAGGAGGAAAUGAAAAUUAUCGAGAUACGCCUUUCUAAGCUUUUCACCGCCAAGGAUGGAACAACUCCAGAGACAAUGGACCAAGUUGACACUAACCCAUCCUCUGUAGCCGGAGGUACCCACAGAAAAAUCUCAUUUUUCCUAAUUUUCCUCUCAUCAUGCUGGCAUAACUGAAACAUAUCUGGAAGCAUGUCUGGCUGUAAAUAUAUCGACAAUAGACACCAAUAAAUGGGAGAAUUGUUGAUGGAAAAGAGGGUUUCGGUAAAUAUGCACCGCGUUUUUGCGACUAUUAAGCUGAAAAUAUUCCAUGAUGCAUGGUGGCAAGCUGUUUAGGGCUUAGGGAUGUGGUCAAUUUAUUCCUUCAUCACUAUAAUUGACUUACCCAGCUGUCUCUCUCAACACCCCUGAUGAAAUUUAUGAAGAACAAGGGGUUUAUGUUCUUGCCAUCAUUGGAUGACUCCAGAAAAUUCAAAGCCACAUGGGCCUUCUGUUCUAAUCAUCCUGAUGAGAGGGGUACUUGACCUUAAAACCUAUCAGAUCUCAGGUAGGGUUUUUCUUGGAGCUCAACUCAAUCAUCAUCACCACCAAUCCGUGAUCUGUUCUCAAAUUCCUGUCCCCUCAUCUCCUGAUCUCCUCUUUCUCACAAGCCUUCCAUUCAACUUAUGCUCCAUAAUCUUCCAUGUUGGCCCUUAUCGUGUUAGGAUCAAACCCCAAACAAAAACAGAGGGCUCUGGGCUUGGACACCCGGGCAUCCUUCUCGAGAGAACAUCUUCAUGGCCCGCUGCUUCCAGUGUAUCAUACUUCUGAAUAUCUGCUUCUACUGCAAUCCUGGGACCUCUACGAUCAAAAUAUCUUUGUAUGGGUUGCUCCCAUACACCGAUUACUUCGAAUCCCAACACCUCGACCUCAUUCUCUCCUUCGCGGCGUUUUGAGGUGGAAGCAGCCAGGGAGGCUUUGCUGGCUGAGACUCUGGCGAUGGCCGGAGCUAACUUAAGAUGAUUCCCUCCUCUCCUCUCUUGCCGCUGAAGCAGAAAACACAAUUUCAUGGAGAUAUCUUCUUGUUGUAGCCAUUAGCUUUCAUGUCAAAGCCCUGACAUCUGAUGCAUCCAAGGCCGUAUAGGUGUGAUCGGUGGGCAUCUCACCACUUCCCCGAAGGCCUCCGGCGGCAAGAUCGGCGAUACAGGAGCAACAGCUAGCCGCCGGUCUCGACCCCCCAUCACCACCCACAUCUUGGAUGUCGCCCAUGGCUGCCCAGCAUCAGGAGUGGAGGUUCACCUGGAGAUGUGGAAAGGAGCCCAUGGCUACCCAUCAUUCAAGGGCUCGGACUCAGGCGGUUGGGUUCCUCAAGGGUCGUCCAUCACAGACUCUGAUGGCAGGAGCGGCGCCCUCAUGGGCAUCGUCGACCACAUCACACCAGGUGUUUAUCGGAUUAGCUUCAACACGGGGAAGUACAUUCCAUCUGGGUUCUUCCCAUAUGUGAGCAUCGUGUUUGAGGUGAGGGAGUCACAGAGAUCUGAGCAUUUCCAUGUUCCCCUGCUGCUCUCCCCCUUCUCCUUCUCUACCUACCGUGGAAGCUAG